UAUAAUUUCAUCCCAUUUGAUUCAGAAACGAACAUUUUCCCUCUUCUUCCUAAAUUAGUAGACCGCAAAACACACUGAAAUUUAAUGUCUUACACAUUUUGGUGACGCGACUGCGUAUACUGGGGCUGGCAGGUCCUGUGUGACAUUUCUCGCCCGAAGGAAAGUCAAUUUGGGGCGAAAGCGUGGGGACAUUGGAACGUUUUACACCGGACUGGACAUCAAAGCUCGAUCCUUGGAGGUCUUUCUCGUGAAUCUUGGCACACAUUCCGGGAACUGCUUAUGAAAGAAAAACGCCAUUUCUCUACCGAGAUUUAAGCUUACGUGAAAAGUGGACGGUAUCGCGUCCCGAAAAUGGUUUGAAGACAUUUAGAUCAACCUUAUAGAAGAUACGUGAACAACUUGAAAAUAAAAGCAUUUUCGAAUUUUCACAUUCGGAGAUUGCAUUUCAAACAUUCUGUGACUGCGCCUAUUUCAUCCACAUUCAAGGCGGAGGAGAGAAGGCCCAGAUAAAACUGAAACAACGGACCCGUAGAUCUAGAGCAAAAGAAAAGUGACACUGAUAGAAUAAAAUUAAGAAUUACAAAAUCUAAAUUUGAACAUCUUUUGCCAUUUACCAUGGAGAACCAAGAGAUGAGUGUCACGAUGCAGGAGCGGGUAAAGGCUGCCCUUACGGACCGCCUAGGAAUGUUCACCCGCAGUGACGCCCAGAGAGCGCGGUUCAUGCAAUACUGUGUCUACAUCAGUGUAGCUGUCCUGCUGGUACUGUCAGCGAUGAUGAUCAUCGUAUUUCCCAUUGUUUUCGACAGCUUUUAUGCCCGUACCGUUUACCCGAUUAAUCAAGAUACUUUAACAGCCACCACAGCGGAAAAGCACGUACCAAUAGAUAAACAAGAGACAACUGAAAUGAUCCCGACAACAUCAACAGAACUGGAAUUGUCAACCGAAGUCGAUAUAGCAACUACGGAAGGUCAGCCCUCUAAAACAACAGCCAAACCAAAGAAAAAGACAAAAAUCCCAAGUACUACUGUUACUACGAGAAAACCAACCACAACAGAGAAAGCCACAACAACAACAACCUCUCCUACAACUACGGUUCCAAAAUCGACUACCUCACCUCCAUCCACCACCACGACGACCAGAAAGACCACGACCACCCCCCUCAGCCCCACCAUCCCCCAUUGCCCUGCAGACGGGGUGCCAAAUACCUGCACGUGA